GCGAGAGGGCAAAAGUCACCUUCAACCUCGGAUUGGACUCCAGACAUUGCAUUUUGGUGUCGGAGCGGCUUGUUGGGUAGAAAGCAUGCAUCACACCGCCAGGAACAGCGCGAACACAACAAACCCCCUAUAAUCCCAUCGCAGCCUCAUCACCAUGCCCGCCAUCAUGCCUCACGUUUCACACAGCCCCCUUUUUGCUUGCUGCGAGGGAAAGUGAUCGACACGCUCAGCAAACUCUCUGCGAUGGCGAAUGUUUAUCCUCCCGAGACCGACGAGGACGGCGUCGUGACGUCCUGGGUGCCACUUGCCACCACCUUCACGCCAUCCGUGGGCUGCGAGAGCAAGUUCCGCCUCAACGGGAUGAGCCUCGUCGCCUACGACCCGGGAUACGGCCUCGACAUCGACUCCAAAGUGAAAUGCCAGCCGCCGGCGGUGACGACGUGGUGGGAGCAGGGCCGGCUCGGUCGUGGGAACGACGAGGGACACACCGCCGCCAGCAUCGGGCCGCUCAAAUGCCCAAAUGCGUGGGAAACGGUGGCCAUGUCGGUGAACGGGAUCAGUACCCACGCGAUGUGCUGUCCGCCGGACUACUCGCUCGCGAAUGGCGUGUCUGGCAUGAUUGCUGGAGACUGCCGGUCCGACAUCCCCUCGGGCGCGGUCCUGACCUAUGCGUCAACGCCACUAGGCGAUUCCGACGGGUGGACAAUCGCCACCACAACCCUGAGCCGACGCUCUUCAGUCGGGGCCAUCGCUGUGGUGGGAUGGAAUAUCGCGUUCGAGACGACGUCGACAACCACCACAUCACCCGCCGCUUCCAACACCGACUCGACUCCGUCCCCCUCCUCAGUCACCUCGACAUUCUUGAGCGAGUUGGGCACUGCUGGCCCCACAGUAGGGCCGGCGGAUGCAGGGUCCAGCGGCAGCUCGUCGGCCGAGACAUCAUCCGGCUUGCCCACUGGUGCGGCUAUCGGUAUCGGCGUGGGCGUUGCCCUAGGGGUCGUCGGACUCGCUGCGCUGUUUGCGACCUUGUACUUGAUACGGUACAGGAAGAGAAAAGCCGAGGCGGCGGCAGCGGCGGCAGCAGCAGCAUCGGUUACACAACCAACCGACAACGGCUACCUCCCACCGCCGCCGCCGAAACCCGCGGAGGCUUACGGCCCGCAUGAGUUGGUGUCCGAACAUGUGCGGUAUGAGAUGCCUGUCUCGCAGCAGCAGUAUUAUAGGCCGUAUGAGUUGCCAUAGCGGGAGCCGACACGGAGUAAUGGUGGGUUCGGUUUGAGGCGGAGGGUGUUGGAUAACUUGGAUCCAUGAAAGUCAUGAUUUGAACGGGGGUUGGGGUUGGGAUUUCGUGUCGAUACCACUGCAUUUGAUUUGAGCUGGGAAAGGCGUUCGGUGCUGGCUUUCUUCGAUUCGAUCACAAUGUAUUUUAACGUUAAUCGGUGAGGGAUGUCCGUCAUAGUCCGGGUAUAAUGUUAUACGUGUUGUUAGUUGACGUGGUUGAUGAUCGAUGUUCUCGUCGGUUUGCAUCCGAUCGAGAUCCACUCCAUCGAGUUCUGGCCAGG